CCCUAGCGGCCAACCGAUUCCCCUUCCACCCACCCCGUCGUCUAGCCAUGGCAGACCGGCCGCCGCCCAGUCCACGCGGCGCAGCCUCACCCCGCCCCGCCGCCCGGCGCGGCCACGCACCGCCGUCGGCGGAGCACCCGCAGCACUCGCUCAUUGGGCGCGCCACCGAGGCGUUCCACAUCCGCGGCUCCACCCAGCUCCUGGGCUUCCUGGCGCUGGCUGUGACCCUGACCGCGCUCGUCGUCCUGGCGGGCGUCACGCUCGCGGGCGCGCUGGCCGCGCUGGUCCUCCUCAGCCCGCUCGUGCUCCUCACCGCCCCGCUCUGGGCGCCCGCGGCGGUGGUGGUGCUCCUGGCGGGCGCCGCCUCGCUGCUCGCCUGCUGCGCCGGCGCGGCCGCGGUCGCCGCGGGCACGUGGGCGCACCGGUACCUGACGGGGCGGCACCCCGUGGGUGCGCACCGGGUGGCGGAGCCGUCCAGCGGCGGCGCGGCCGCGGUCGCGGAGGUGGCAAGCCGCCUGAGGGGGUACUACGACGCCUACGCGCGCGAGCACGGCGGGUUCCCGCGCCCCCCGCACGCCCGGGUCAAGGACGCCGCCCCCGGGGCGUAGGCCGUGCGCGCUGGUCGGAGCACGGUCUCGGGCUGCUUUGUGUGCGUGUUCAUUUGUGUCGUUGUAGCAACCGUGUUGAGUGCAAGCGUUCUGCUUAGAGCCAGGCGUCGGGAGCAAAUAUUAUGGAUCCUCAAAGAACUCUUUUUAUGAGGC